AUGAGUUUCGAUGCCAAAUGUGGUCUAACGAAGGUGUUUCUAAUUGGAACAGUUGCGUACGUUGAGACGAGUCUGCUGGGUAAAGGAGGCUUUGGCCGCGUCUACGCCGGCUAUGUAAAUGACAUGAAGGUGGCCAUCAAACACAUCCCUUUGGACCUUGUGCGGUGGGUUCCAGUGGUGACAGAUGGUAAAACUAAAUAUGCUCCCCUGGAGGCCAUGCUCAUGGAAGCAGCCACAGCUGAUUGUCCUGUUUGGGACUCUGUUGCUGUCUUGCUGCUGGACUGGCAAGUCAAAGACAAUGAGCUGAUCUUGAUGAUGGAGAGACCGUAUCCCUGCUGUGACCUCGUCGACUAUGUUUCCCAGAAGAAAGUCAUUCUGGAGAAAGAGGCCAAAUACAUCAUGCACCAGUUGGUCCUUGCAGCCGUGAUCCUCCAUGCACAGGGUGUCUUUCAUCGGGACAUCAAGGUAGAAAAUAUCCUGAUUGAGACGACACGUGAACGAGUGAGAAUUAUCGAUUUUGGUUGUGGCACACAUGCAAAGGAGGGAUGGUACAAAGAUUUUACAGGUACGUGGGACAUUUGCCCUCCUGAAUGUCAACUACAGCAGCAGUACAGGGCCAUUCCUUUCACCGUGUGGCAGCUGGGGGUGGUGUUGUACGAACUCCUGGGAAGUGACAACUUUGACACCAAACGGUUCCUGGAAAACAAACUGAAUAUGAAUUUGAAAGCAUCUAAAGACUGCCAGGAUUUCAUGGACAAAUGUCUUUGCAUCCGUCCGGAGGAGCGACCUGACUUUGAGCAGCUGUUGGCUCACCCCUGGCUCCAGUGACGCGCCGCAGCACGUCUUCAUCA